AAGUCUGAAAGGCGUACUGGUUUCCUCGCUGAAGUUCUAGAACCAGAGCACCAAAGAAGGUGUGGCCCACGGCCGGUCCCGCCUCCUCCUCUCCCGGCGGAAGUUGCGAGGUAGUUACCGGAAGUCUACCUGAGGCGGGGCCGGGCCUCUGGCGCGGCCUGGUGGGAUCGACAUGGCGACAGAGGGGGACGUGGAGCUAGAGUUGGAGACUGAGACCAGCGGCCCGGAGCGGCCUCCAGAGAAGCCACGGAAACAUGACAGUGGGGCGGCGGACCUGGAGCGAGUCACCGACUAUGCUGAAGAGAAGGAGAUCCAGAGUUCCAAUCUGGAGACGGCCAUGUCCGUGAUUGGGGAUAGACGGUCCCGGGAGCAGAAAGCCAAACAGGAGCGGGAGAAGGAACUGGCAAAAGUCACUAUCAAGAAGGAAGAUCUGGAGCUGAUAAUGACAGAGAUGGAGAUCUCGCGGGCAGCAGCAGAACGGAGCUUGAGGGAACACAUGGGCAACGUGGUAGAGGCUCUUAUUGCCCUAACCAACUGAUUUGUGUUUUCUCAGACCUACCCACUGGAUUAACUUAUUUCAAUAAAGAUGUUUUUUUUUUUU